AUGAUGAAUGCAGAAAGAGUGAAUGUGACUCCUGCGCAGCAGGUUGAUCAAAAUGUGCCUCCAGUUACACUCUCACAACAGAGACAAAGGAAAAACCAAGUUCAAUAUCAGCUGAAACAGGUGAUUGGCAAGGGCUCGUAUGGUAUAGUUUACAAGGCAAUUAAUAGAAAGACUGAACAAAUGGUUGCGAUUAAGGAGGUUACUUAUGAUGACGAUGAAGAACUUACGGAUAUAAUGUCUGAGAUAGACCUUUUGAAGAACCUGAAUCAUAUGAAUAUUGUCAAGUACCAUGGAUUCAUUAAAAAAUCGCACAAUCUUUAUAUUAUUCUUGAGUAUUGCUCGCGUGGUUCUCUCAAGAAUGUAAUCUCGAGAGGUAAGGGAAUCCCAGAAUCAAAGGCAAAAGUUUUUAUCAAACAAACUUUAAAUGGUCUUCACUAUUUGCAUGAGCAAGGUGUAAUACAUAGAGACAUCAAGGCUGCAAAUUUGCUACUCGAUUCCAAUAGUGUGGUUAAAUUGGCGGAUUUUGGUGUAUCGACAAAGGUAAACACAAUGACGAUGGCAAUGACUUUGGCCGGUUCACUUAAUUGGAUGGCUCCUGAAAUUAUUGGCAAUAGAGGCGCCUCUACGCUGAGUGAUAUCUGGUCAUUGGGUGCUACUGUUCUCGAAUUGUUAACCGGUCAUCCGCCUUUCCACAAUUUGGUCGAUAUUAACAUCUACUACGCUAUCGAGAAUGAUACAUUUAUACCGCCUACUUCACUAUCUCAGGAUGCUCAGGAAUUCUUAGCGAGAUGUUUCCAGAAAAACAUGUACAUGAGACCAACAGCGGCUGAAUUACUAAAACACAAGUGGUUAUCAACCACUGAUACUGACAAAUUAGAUUUGUUCAAGGAAGAUGGAGAUGAGUUGGAUUAUAGAUGGGAUCAGGACUUCAAAGAAUCUACAAUUAUAAAUACUCCCGGCGUCGAAAGCCAGCGGGUCUCAACUGGUGAUAGCAGUGAUUCCGCCCGCCCAGCGGUACGAUCUUCAGAGGAGUUACUGGCUCAUUUAAACAAGAGUAAUGAUUCAGAACUUUCGUUCGAUUCUUUAAAGACAAUAUUUGAUCAAAUGAGCGUGGAAGAUAUAUAUUUGAGGGUAGUUGGACAGAUAGAGGCGAACCAGGAAUUCUUGAAUGCGCUAUUUGAAUACGAUAAGAUUAAUAAUUCUUCGAAAUUGAAGGAAUGUUGGAUAACAUUGGGGGGUAUCUACGAGAUACUUGACCAAAACGAGAUUAUCGAACGCUACUUCCUGAAAGACUCCUAUAAAAUUUUGAUUCAGUGUGGGAUCCUACGUAGAGAGAAUAUGGAUCUAUUAAACGAUACUUUGAGGUUGGAAUUGAUUUUCAGGCUGCUUGAAGUUUCUGACUCUGCUUCGUUCUGGUGCAAUUGGUGUUCUCAAAACCUUAGAGUUUCUGCGCUGGUAUCAAAUCUGCAGAAUAAAUUUGCACAAUCCAUUAUACUGAAACUGUCAUACUUUGAUGAAAGUUCCAAUUGGUUCUACGGUCAAUUCAUAAACGAGAUUUUGACCGUCUCACAAAUCGAUUCACUUGAUCAACAAACAGUUUCAUUCAUUUUCAAAGCAUUAUCCUCAAUACUAAUAAAAUCCCACAAGAGACGCGCUUCUUCCUCCUUAGCACAAUCGCUCUCGCACUCUUCAAAUUUCACUUCACAGUCUUCACUAUGCUCACUGCCCUCGUCUACUGUCAGAUCUUCUGUUAGUAAAGCUGCAUUGAGUUUACCACCAGAAUUUUUGCCUUGGCUGUUACGUCUCCUAGAUGAAGAUUUGUUUUACAAUAUCAAAAAUCUACAUCUGUGGAGAUACUUUUUCCUUGUCAUUCAUCACUCAACUCAUCUCAACAAAGCUCUUCUAAACAGGCUCCUUCAUUCCUCUAGGUUUCUUACCCUAAAUUUGAAAUUUCUACUGAGUAAAGACGACCCAAGCUUCCUACAUGAGGAAUGCCGUCUUCCAAUUGUGCAAUUAUCCCUCUCCAUUAUUACUGAGGUUUCAAUGGAAAUGGAUUCGUUCUCUCCUUUGUUGCAACGAUUGGCAGUCGCUUUCCUUAAAUUUGACGACGAAUGCAUUGCUGGUGGCCUUGAAAUUCUUUUCAAUUACUUGCAAUUCGCUCUUCACUCCAAUUUAAGGAUUUCAAAAACGAUCAAAGGCUUAGCGAUCAUACCUCCGAUGACCUCUUCUAAUGCCCAAGUAUUCAAUUCCUCCGAAUCGGAUAACUUUUUGAACUACCAAGAGGUUAUAGAUCCUUUCUUUAACGUUCACGAGGAUAAUAUUCAGUUUGGUAAUUUCAUCGCCACGUUUAUCAAGAUCUAUUCAUUAGGACCUUUUGACGUCGCGGCUAUGAACAUUAUUCUGCAUCCAGAUUUUGUCAAAAGGUCGAUAUUAUUCUUCGAUCAGUACCGCAAUAGUUUACUAAUACAAAUUGAUCUUUUGAAGUUCAUCAAGUUGGCUUUUGGAAGAGCAUUGGACUUCUACAAUUCAAAGAGCAAAUCAAAAGCGCCUCUAAGUAAAGAUGUGGCGAGACAGAUGUCAUUGAAACUACAAGAACUAAACUUUGUCCUCGAGAAUAACUGGAACAGUCAACAAGCGGGACAAAUCGGAUGUGAUUCGAUUCUAAUUCAUCAACUAUGUCAAGAUAUCAAAUCUCUCUCCCUCCAGACUCCGUCAUCCUAUUCUAUGGCCCAUCUGCGAUGA